CUGUAACUAAUUUGCCUGUGAUGUAUUUUUGUGUAAAAUGCUUCAGUUCUUUUCAAGUACAAAUGACCUUUUUCAUUGGAUACACUUCUUAAUUUUUACUAGAUGCACAUCAUUUCUGCAACCAGCUGAAUGUACAAGUACCCCCAGACAUCUGCAUCAGCCAAUCAAGAGGCAGCAGCACAAUGCAGAAAAGAUUCAAAUACACCUUGCUGGUGAGAAGGAUCUGAGAAGAAGAGCAGACAAGCAUCCCAGAAGGCAGAGCACAUCAAACCUUGAAGUGGAUGGGCUACAACUGCAGAAGACCACAGUGGAUUUUACUCUUGUCAGCCAAAAAAUAAGAAUCUAAGGUUACCACAGGAGUUCAAAAGUCAAACCAGGCUUUCUGCUACCAACAUAACGUUUCAACCUUCCAGUGCUUGAUAUAAACAUCACCUAAAGGUCUUGACAUGCAUGUGGAUUAAUGUUCCACAAUGCUGUCACGAUUAUAUACAACUCUCCGUUUCGUCACCUGGAAUGUUCGUGGGGUUAAAAGCACGAGGGACUUGCCAAAAAAGUUUUCAAAUUUGUUGAGCAGCCUAAAUAACCUUCAGGCUGAUGUUGCCUUCAUACAAGAGACACACAUUGGGCCAAAGUGUUAUAAAAUACUGGAAGAUGAGACAGAAAAAGACUGGAAAAUCUUCUACACUGUGCACAGCUCCCACAGCAAAGGAGUCGCCAUACUGAUAAAAGACAAAGUGCCAUUUAAGUACAUAUGCCAUGAUGAGGAUUACGGUGGAGGUUAUAUUGUGCUCUUUUGUCAUCUGCAUGGUGAACUCUAUACUCUUGUUAAUGUGUAUAAUCAUAGAAAAGACAAAAAUGUCUUGGGUAGACUGAAAGAGUACUUGAUGGAAACAGCUGAGGGUGUCCUAUUGGUUGGUGGUGAUUUCAACACCGUUUUGCACCCCAUCUUAGAUCGGCAACCUUCUUCUUCAAAGAAUUCACAAUUGACAUCAAUAUUAGAAGAUUUUACUGUAUCUCUGAAUCUUAGAGAUAGCUGGUCAUCCUUACGUGCCACUGAGAAGGGAUUCACACGAUGUCAGAGUGAGUGUCACUCCAGGCUAGACAUGAUUUUUAUGGCGGAGGACAAAAUUGAAGAAGGGUAUAAAAUCAAGGUACAUAAUAAUGAUAUUUCUGACCACAAACCCGUUGUUCUACAUGUCAGGGUUCAAAAGCAGUCCCAAAAUAAAAUACCAAUUGUUGCAUCAAUGCUAAAAGAACUUAGAUUUGAUCCUGACAGGAGACCAGGGAAAAUAAAUGGGGCUGAAGUACUAAGUGCCAUCAAGUCCUUGACUGAUUCAGAAAAACAAAGAUGUAACAAGUUGGAAAUAAAUUAUUACAAAAGAUUUCAAUGUCCAAAGACAGAAAUAUUAAAGCUGGAAUAUAACCGCAUUGUAAAAAACAAACGCAUUCCUGAAGAUUUCAUAGAAUCUCAUCUUUCAGGUGACAGAAAAGUUAGUGUGGACUAUUUAAUAUUCUCUCGCAUUCUGGCUAAACGCCUUAGUGCUUUUAUUGUUCCUCCCAUUAAGAGAAUUGGGAAAGCAAAUCUGGACACCCUGCUUAUUGUAACCUGCAAGAUCUGCACACCAAAUAUCAAGUGGUCUUUCCUCGAACAAAGUCUUAGGAAUCUGAAGCAGAUCCCUUCUACACCACCACCUGAUUUUAGCAUUCUGGAAUUCCUUCUUCCUGAAGUCCAAGGCUCCUUGGGGAACCUCAGAGAUUUGCAGCCUGGCUGUCCAUUUACCAACAUUGUCCUCAGUCUGGCUCUGACACAGCUAGAAGAUCUGAUUCUCAAAACUGAGACCCAGUGCAGAACCAUUGUUUGUUAUCAAAGACAGACUCUGUUCAUACAUGUACACCCAAGCAAACAUCAAAAAGUUCUUCAGAUAGCAGAGGGUUUCAAAAAAGAUUCAGGGAUUAAUAUAAAAAUGACUAUGUAAAUCCUUUUAUU